GCCGGGACGCGGGGCGGAGCCGCGGGAAGCGGCGGCCGCGGCGGCUCGUGGCCGUCUCGGUGCCGGGCUGGUGGCAGCGAGUGGCCCGGGCUUGCCGCGGUUCUCCGCCCCGCCACCGCUGGCCUUCCGGCCCUCGCCCCCGGCGCGUCCCGCGCCUCUCCUGCCGCCUCCGCGCAGCCCCGGCGGUGCGAGGCAUGAAGCUGAGCAAAGCCCAGUACGAUGAGAUAGCCCAGUUCCUGGGGCACGUGCAGCCCACCCGGCAGAGCCUGAGGAAGCUGAAGGAGAAGUUUCCUAGUCAAUCGCAGUCCACUCUGCUGAGCAUCUUCUCCCAGGAGUACCAGAAACAAAUCAAAAGAACACAUGCCAAGCAUCACACUGCUGAAGCUAUCGAAACUUACUACCAAAGGUACCUGAAUGGUGUGAUGAAAAAUGCAGCUGCCCCAGUAUUACUGGACCUGGCCAAUGAGGUGGACUUUGCCCCAUCAUUGAUGGCUCGUAUUGUGUUGGAAAGAUUUCUACAAGAAAAAGAACAAGCCAUCCCCUCCAAAACUCUUAUAAGUAGCAUGCUACGGGACCCUUCUCAGAUUCCAGAUGGAGUGCUAGCAAAUCAAGUCUAUCAGUGUACUGUGAAUGACUGUUGUUAUGGACCACUGGUGGACUGCAUCAAACAUGCUGUUGGGCAUGAGCACGAAGUCUUGCUGCGAGAAAUGCUUUUGGAAAAAAAUCUCUCUUUCAUUGCUGAAGAUCAGCUUCGUGCAAAGGGUUAUGACAAAACACCAGACUUUAUUUUAGAAGUGCCAGUAGCUGUGGAAGGACACAUAAUUCACUGGAUUGAAAGCAAAGCCUCAUUUGGUGAUGAAAGUAGCCACCAAGCCUACUUGCAGGACCAGUUUUGGAGCUACUGGAACAGCUUUCCCACCUGUAUCAGCUGUGGAUCCUGAGUGUGGUGAACACCCCAGUGCCCUGCUCUGCUACCAGAGCUCCUUACAGGAACAGACCUUGCUGCUUGAACCAGCAGACAUUAAGAUCAGAGUGGAUGCUCUGUGGCAUUUCUGAGUGCACCAGAAGGCUGAACAGAAGAACCCGGCUGAGAUGCAAACAAGUCUUGUAUGGUAUAACAGAAUUAGCAGGAAGACAAUAUUCACUGUGUAAGGAAGAAAAACAAAACAAACAACACUAUAAGCUUGAAAACAUUCGCCUCACUCUUCUGUGGUUUGAGAAGUGAAGUCUAGCACGGCAAAACAAAAAUCAGACCUGCUUUUAAUCUGUGAACAGCUCUCUUGAUGAAAUCUGUCAUGUUUCUGGCUUCGUUUUUUCCUUGAGAAAAGAGCAAAAAUGUUAUUUUUCUUAAAGAAUUUCCAAAUGUUUUAUCUUUAUUAAUGUUUCUAUAUGAUACAGUUUAUUACUGCAGGCAAAUCUGUCUCAUUCAUUAAAUCUUCCAUUGUCAAAACAGCAUAACCAAUAGUUUAUAACAUCAUAAAUCUUGGACAUCAAUCAUUAUAUAGAGAUUUCCCAUUUUAUGUAUAGGAUUGUCUCUUCUGAUUUGUUUGAAAGGCUGGUUAGGACUGUUCUUACAAGCAGUAUAAUAUUCUGUAUUAAAGCACUAAGCCUAUUAAUGGCAUUUGAAUUUUUGAGUUGCUUUUGUUGCUGAUUGUGGUUUUCCAGAUGGUAAGAAAUUAAUCACUUAGUUUAAAAAAAUUGUAAUGCUCUUUCUGCAAGUCUCAUAUUUGAUGUAAAAUUUGGAAAGUCCUCUGAAGUUUGGGUUUCUAAAGAUACAAUCUGCUGUCCAACAAGCUCAAGAUCCUUAUUCCAGCCUACUAAAUUGCAAAUAAGAAACAGAAGAUCACUUGAAGGGACACAAAAUAAAAGGACAUAACAGAAGUGAUUCAUAGUUUAAUUUCAUUUAAAAAUGCUAAGCACAACGUAGCCUGACUAUCUCAGUCUUCAAAAAUCCAGUUCAGUAAAUAUGGUCACUUCAGAUCUCUUUAGAAAGAUGUAUUCAUCAACUGUCAUUCUUCCCUUAAGCAAGACACACAGAAAAAGAUUGAGUGCUGCCACACCUGUAACACACAUUUAAAGGAGUCAUUGCCUUUUCUUUGAGUUAACUUGAAGAAAGAGCAAAAAAACAAAAUGCCAGAGUGCUUCACACAGCUUUUUUCUUUCUUGAUUUUUGUGCUAUUAAUGCUGUCAUUUUUGAGCUUGACUGGGGAAGGUGAAGAGGAAGCCACUUAAGUCAUUGCUGCAUCUGUGCAUAUUAUGUGAUCAUUUAAAGGUUCUGAAAAUGUGUGGAUCCCAUUUGUUCCAUUACACAGCUAUAAGCAGGUCUAACACCACAAAAGCCAGUGCAGCUACAGAGCAGAUCACAAAAACAGGGGCAAUGGGAAAAGCCAAGUGCUCCAAGUGACAGGCUUUUAUGUUGCAAAGCAAUGUCAUCUGCAAAUAUUUAAGUCAGAGAAGGGAGCAGAGAAAAAGCAAUGGGCUUCAAGUCUUAAAAACUGAUGAUCAAAGGGGGGUUAGAUCACAGGGAAGUAUCAGAUUCGAACUGUGCAGUCCUACAUAGCAGGUGUUUGGGUUCUAGUGGAACAAACACUGUCUUGGGGUAAAUCAGCUCCUCAAAAGUGUGUUCUUCAGCUGCUUAGAGACACCCUUGCUUGGUCAGAGGUUACCUCUAGGCUGACCUUUGUGCUUUAAAGUUCUGAAAAUAACUGAUUUAAUGAAAGCCAGAACAGCACAGCCAGUUCGGUAAGAACAUUGUAUCAGGUUAACGACAAUUAUCUGUUUUAGACAGCUAAAUUUGCAAGCCUCCUUCAGCAGCCACCCACCCCCAGCUGACAUGCUGCCUAAAAGCCAGAGCUCACAGAAGCCACAGCCAUCCUGCUCAUUUUGAAAGCAUUAUGAGAAUCCUGGAUUAUCUUCACAGGUAGGCUCUCAUCACUCUAGAAAUUGUUUUGUUUCCCCACUUCUCUGUCCUGAGAAAAGAUGCUUUUCCAAAGGACCAAAGACCUUCUCCAGGCAGGAGACAGCUUCCCGUGCAUAACCAGACAGUGUGAGGCUAACCCACAGCAUUCAGCAGGGUGUUCCAGCCAUGCCAGAGGAAUACAGCACUCACAAACCUCAGCCCUCAUUUUCCUCUCAGCUUUCUCUCCUUCACCUGGCAUUUUCUUAUCAAUGCCUUCUUACCAGCCAAAAACAGAAGCUGGAGUUUCUAUCAGAAUUAUCAUUGCAGACACUCCCUAGACAAUCACCAAACUGGCUGAACUGAAGAAAAUGGGAAACAAAGGAGAACAAGGAUAUCAUUGAUUAUUUUUGUUUCUUGUUGACAAAAAUUGUGACAACUGAUAUCUCUUGCAUUCCUAUGGCUGAUUUUGAUCAAGACAUCAUACUGAAUGACAUAUUAUGGGCUAAACUUAGAAGCAGUAACUGGGUUCUUUGUUUUGAAUUUUGUUUUAAGUAAAUACUGCAUUCUUUUCUUUCUCCAGUUUUCAGUUCUUGCCAGGCCAUGUUCCUUCAUUGGAUAUGAUUUGUAGUUUGGAAAGAAUAUAACACUGUAGAGAUCUGAAUACACACAGUUAUAUUUCCUUACAUAUUUCAGUAUGUUUCCUUAUCUGCUUCUGUAUAUGCCACUAUACCCUGCACCUAAGGAAGGCCCUUAUAUCACUGGUGUUACUAUCCCUGAUGUUGUACACAUGUGCAAGAUAUCUUCAGUUACCAGCACAGUAUUUGUGAAGAAAAAGAAAGCUUUAGUCAACCUAAAAAAAAGUAAGGAAGAAAGAAGAAACUGAUGUUCACCACAUGCACUGCCUUGAGAAUUCAGAUGAACUUUCUGUACUUCUUUUGCUUUGGAAAAAUGUAAACCAUGAUUUUAAAUAUUUUACGAACUUCCCUGCUUCAAUUUAUUAACAUAGGCUGAUUGCACAAGUGCACUGCUUUAAACUUAAGCUGGAAUACUAAUAAAAUCCCUACACAAAACCAGAUAUGUUUAAUUUCAGCUUUUAUUGCACUAUUAUCCCAGUAGAUCCCAAGAACAUCUGAUUGAAGUUAUCUUAAAAUUUCUGCACUUAUAUAUGGAACUAAAUAAACUCCACUGAUCACAACGACCUUGAACU